AUUGUUUGACCUUGACCAAGGAAGGGUAACGUUAGCGUGCUUGUGUAUAUUGUUCAAAGUGAUUCUUGUUGCCGUAUUCUUCUUUUAAACGGUCACAAAAAACGAAGCUCUUUCUAUCGUUCAAGAAAUGGCAAAAGUGAGGAUAUGAAGUACGUGACAAUGCGUUCUCUUCAGUUCAUAGUUAUAUCUACGUUAGCUAUUUCUCUAUUCGAGGGGUGUCAUGCCGAACAGAAACAACCUGAUCCAGACUCGUAUGUAAGUCAACUGAUCGCCGAUUUGUGGUUGGAAGGAGCUGAAGUCAUCAGGAUUAUAUGGCGAGAUUGCUCGAAGAAACUGGUGGACGUGAAGGACGUGAUAGAUCACAAGGAGUACUUCCCGAAGUUCGUUAGAUGUAUGAAGAGGAAAACUCUGAGGGCUCUCGACCGGUCGUUGACCCCAGACGUGGUGCCUGUAGCCGAUGGUAUCAACUUGGUACGGUUCGAGCUCGUCGACCGAUCCGGCAAUGUUAUGCCUGAGAAUGAAACUAGUACCUGGACAGAAAAGGAAUUAGAAGAAGGUGAAUGGCGUACACUCGCAGUUCAAAGAAUGGCCAAAGUUCUCAGAACACACGUUAUCAAGUUCGAUUUUGACGACGGAAAAAGUAUUGACAAAGUUGAAUACCGAGGUCGACGUCGUCAUCAGAUGAUGACGAUGAUGAUGUUCGGCAUCGUGUCCAUCGGCAUGGUCCUGGUUCCUAUGGGCUUCCAAUUCCUUGCAGUCUUGGGAGGAAAAGCGCUUUUACUUGCUAAAAUGGCGCUCAUUCUUGCUUCCAUACAAGGACUUAAAAAGAUCGCUUCAAGUCCGGUGAACUACGGGUUUUACCACUCCUACCCUUAUGACUAUUACGAGAAGAGGAGUCGAGACGACUGGCCCCCUCCUGGGAUCAUGCCUGGGACACCCCCACCUGCUUUAUCCGUGCACAACCCUUGGACUGACACAGAGAUCAUAAAACGUGAUAGAAUUCACAUAGCUACUGAUAAAGAACUUAAGUCUAAAAGUCCAGAAAUAGUGACGUGGAAACCUGAAGUAUCGAAGACUGUCAAGCAAGAAGCAGAACCGCGAUUGCAUCCAAUUUACGCUGGACCCUCAGAUGUGCCAGGACCUAUAUUCACCGCUAUCGACGCACCAACUCCUUUGGCCGAUUUGACAACGCAACCUGGAGAUGUGCAAGCCGACUACGCAAUCGAUCUGCCGUUCAAUCGAUUUCAUUUUCAAAGUCCCACUACUGUCGUUUCAGCUUGAUGUGUUUGUACAACUGUUUUAUGCCUUGUAUCACGUUGUUAGAGGGAUAUUCUCUUAUAUAGCUCAAGUGCUGUAUCCCAAUAGACAUGUAUUUUAUGCUAAUUACUAGUGAAAGUUAAUUGUAUGUAGUAGACAAUAAAGUCGAUGAAUGUU